UCAAACUCAAAAACUGUCAAAAUGAAAACACCAAAUUCAAAAAGGCAGCUAUUGGGGAUUGUUUUUGUGUUUGUUUUGUUCAUAAUAUCCAACGGAAGAUCGUUGGACACAAACAGCCAGUUCAUCAAAGCCGUUAAUCUUGGAGGCUGGCUAGUCACAGAAGGCUGGAUAAAACCUUCUCUUUUUGAUUCGAUACCGAACAAAGAUUUUUUGGAUGGAGCUUGGCUUCAGUUUAAAUCGAAAACGAUAGGAAAAUUCCUUGCUGCAGAGCUCGGCGGAGGUACAAUCAUCGUUGCAAACAGUUCAUCGGCUUCUGACUGGGAAACUUUUCGGUUGUGGAGGAUCAAUGAGACUAGUUUUCACAUACGGGUGUUUAACAAGCAAUUUUUAGGACUUGACUCAUCCGGAAUAAAUUUGGUUGCAGUUUCAACAGAUUAUAAAACAUCGGGUGUUUUCGAGAUUAUUAGAAAAUCCGAUGAUCCGAGUCUUGUUCGGAUUAAAGCACCAAAUGGGUCCUUCUUACAGGCGAAAACUCAAGAUCUCGUGACUGCCGAUUCUAAAGGAGAUGGGCAGUGGAAAGACGAUGAUCCUUCUGUUUUCAUGUUGACGAUAUCACAAAGAUUGCAAGGAGAGUACCAAGUGACUAAUGGUUACGGUCCUUCAAAAGCGCCACAAAUCAUGAAUGAUCAUUGGAACACAUUCAUAGUAGAAGAGGAUUUCAACUUUAUCGCUACAAGCGGUUUAAACGCCGUGAGAAUUCCAGUCGGAUGGUGGACCGCCAGUGAUCCAACACCGCCAAAGCCUUUCGUAGGAGGUUCUUUGCAAUAUCUUGAUAAGGCAUUCUUAUGGGCAACGAAAUAUAACUUGAAGGUGAUACUCGAUCUACAUGCUGCACCGGUCUCCCAAAAUGGUUAUGAGCAUAGCGGUUCUCGCGAUGGUUUUAUUGAGUGGGGCCAAACGGAAGAAAGUAUACAAGAAACGCUUCGUGUCCUUGAGUUCUUCACUGCUAGGUACGCGAACAAUCCAAGCUUAUACGCCGUUGAGCUCUUAAACGAACCCAGGGCAGAUGGAGUAUCACUAAGCGUAUUGACCAAGUAUUACGAAGCUGGCUAUAAGGUUGUACGAAAGCAUGCUCCGAAUGCCUUUGUGCUUCUAUCAAACCGACUUAGUGGUGAUUCGAAAGAACUUUUACCAGUUGCAAGUCGAAUGACGAAUGCUGUUAUCGAUGUUCAUUACUACCAUCUAUUUAAUGACAUUUUUAACAAUAUGACUGUCGAACAAAACAUUGAGUACGUUAGAACAAACCGUUCUGAGGAACUACAAGCCAUUACAACAUUAGCUGGACCACUUACUUCUGUGUUCGAAUGGACGUCCGAGUGGAAAGUGAAAGGAGCCACUAAAGAAGAAUACCAGAGGUUUUCAAAGGUUCAACUAGAAGUGUAUGGACGUGCAAGCUUCGGGUGGGCUUAUUGGACACUAAAAAAUGCGGAGAAGCAUUGGAGUUUCGAAUGGAUGAUAAAGAAUGGUUACAUUAACCUUUAGAAU